UUAAAUUAAAUAUUUUUAAUUUUUAAUGCAUUUAUACUAUAUUUUAUAUGAAGCAUCGUGUAAAUAUCAGUAUUACUUUCAACUCUAACACAGUUGUCUAUGAAUAUAUAUUGCAUUUAAAAUGCACUGUGCAUUCAUUAUUUAUGUAUAUUAUAUUUCCUCGUAAAACAAAAGCACACUGAAGUAAUCCCAGUUAUUAUUUUUCAUCGAUUACUUCAAUUUGAAAUGAAUGAAUCUCUCUCGUUUUCUUAUUUCUUUUUGUCUUGUAUUUUUGUAUUUUAGUUCGCAAUUAGUUAUUUAAUUUUAUCAUGAAAACAAAUUAGUAUGUUGUAUAACUCAAAAAUAAAAAAAAAUGAAAUAAUUAAGAUUUUAUGCUUACCAAAAUAUAGCACAAUUCAACAAAGUAGAGAAGUGAGACACUUGCAAUACAUUCGGACGCGACAACACUGAACAGAAUCUAUGUUUGAUCGAUUCUGCAAUCAAUUUCUACCGUCUAAUCGCAAAUUGGUCAGCAAGUUACGAAAUGUGGUAUUUAUUGAAAAUGAAUACAUAAUUCUUGCUACUGCAAUUUUUUCUCGAAUUUGCUACCAAUUUUUUCCUCCGAAUAAAUUUCUAUCUUGAUGGUGGAAGGGUUUACAAUUGUAUCUAGAAGUUCUACCAGAGAUGCUUCUGGAUGCAAUUAAUCAAGAAAAACCCCCCAAGUCAUUAGCAUCUGUGUCGAGGGCUACAAGAAAAAUUGCGAAAACGAGAGUCUGGUGAUUAACAAUUGUAUUUUAUUGGUGAUAGUGAAAGCACAGGGACUUCUCGGAUACGUCGUUGAAGGUCUUGAAAGCAUUACAAUUUUUACAGUAAUAAAGCUCAAAAUUAGCAGAGAGCACAAAAAGAGAGCCAUCCACGCUAUUGAAAUUAUUUUAUAUUAAUGAGAUGUACCGUAAAAUCUAAAAAUCUCAUUCUAAAUGUGAGUUCUAAAUGAAGACUCGAUUUCCACCAGCGUCGUCGAAGUGGUUGCGGUGAUUGCGCACUGUUUGAUCAUUCUGUUUCCAUAGGAAUUCUACAGGGCACGAGACAUGAAAAAUGUCAGGAGGCGAUAGCUCCAAUCCCGGUCUAGCGAAGGUAUGCUUCAUCGCCAAAGGUAUGCUUGAUCCUGGCUAAUAAUACAAGUCACGAAACGUACUUAUUGAUGGUGGUACGAGGACGGUGGUACCACCUCCUACACAUAUCCACCUUGCCCCUCUUCCCCAGGGAAGGUCGAACGGUACCAUCGCACGCGAGCCACCGCCAGGCUUUUUCAAUUACAAUGUUCAGGCCCGCCCGUUCGAUUUUCCUCUCCCGACCCGAGGAGGAGGCGUAUCAUCGAUUGGCGAGGCGGUUCUUGAAGCCGGGGAGCCGGAAGUGCCGCCUCAAGGUAGAACGCGCUCAGAAUGCUGGCGGCAAACACCGCUUACGGACGACGUGAACAUCAUCAUCCCUUCGGCAGUACGGCAAGUAUCGCGACUUUUGGCAACUUGGGCCGGCCAAGGUUCUUCCCGAGGAUCACCACCAGGUUGAAAACGUCACCCGACAUAAGCAACUACGCGGAUCCGGCGAGCGCCGCACGGAUGAAGCGAUUGAAGAAUAGAAAGACAAAUGGAGCUUCAAAGAUUGAUCUAAAUAAAAGGAAGCCUGCGGAUUACAUGGAGUUUGCAUAUAGGGAAGCUAUCUCGAAAUUGAAGUAUCUGUUGGCUGAAUCUUACACGCCGACAGGAAUAUCUGGAAUAAUAAAGCCGCAAAGUAUUCGGAGCAUAUAUAAGAGUAACCCGCGAAUUAGCGAGUCCGGAGAAGACACGGAUGAUCAAAGUAUGAUCAGCGAUAGUUUUCCGAGGAAGGAUCUCCGUAGAAAUGCGGUUUCAAAUACCUAUCCUCCUCUUUCGAAGACUAUUCAGUCGAAGACGUAUAGCAAUAUAGCCUUGUCAAGAGGCGAUCUCCAAUCCAUUCCUCCAGAAUUAACGUCGUUCAUCGAACGUCAAGAGGACUACAUCGAGCAGCUGGAACGAGAAUCUCAAUAUUGCAGAGACGAAUUAAUCAAUUUGCUGAGCAAAGUUCGCGAAGUCGUGGCCGAAAACGAGGCAUUGCACAACAGGAAUCAAACCUCGUUGUCCAAGUGCGCUCUACAAAAUCACAAGGAUCACUGUACCGGGACGGAUCAAGAGUGUCGCAAGCAGGACGCGAGCGAUCAUCACGUCGGCAACUUGGAAGGCAGGCGAGAAAAGUUUCUGGAAGGUCCCAGCAUAAUGUUCGAGUCGAGAAUCAGCGAGUUGGAGGCGCAGCUAACGCAGGCUAGGCUAGAAUUGCGGAAGGUGCAGGAGGAGAAUCAGGCGAACUUGAAACGUAUGUCCGAGAGCUCGAACGAGGGCAAUGUCGAGUUGAAGGCCGAAUUAGACAAGGCUCUGCGCGCCAGAUACGAGGCCGAGAUGAAGCUGGAGGAGUUGCAGAAGUUGUUGUCGAGUGCGAGGGACAAAGAAACCGAGGCGAUGCAGAAAGCGAAGCGAACCAUGGACGACAAGCAGCAGUUCGAGUUCGAAAGGACUCAGAGCGAUAUGGAGAUUCGGAGGCUGAAGGACGAGUUGGAGAGGCAACACGAGAAGCUACGGGAGGCUGCUCAGGAAGCCAAUAGACGUAUAACCGAGGAGAGGCAGCAAAUAGAGCGUCGAUACAAUCAGCAAAUUGAGCAAUGUACUGCUGAUAUAGCGUCCCACUGGGAAACUGCCAAUAAGUCGCAGUUGGAAUCCGAGAAACAGCGACGAGAGAUUAACGAGUUGAAGCGAGAAUUAUCUCAGAAGCAAACCACCAUUGAUAAUCUGAAGAAAGAGUUGCAGAAUAAGAUAUCUACCUUGCAGAGUGAUCUCAAUCAGGCAUUGAGCGAGAAAGACGCGGCGGAACAGGAAGUGUUAACUGCCAAAUUGACAGCCGAACGAAACGAAAGACAAGCUCGACAAGAGCAGAGUAGAUUGCAGACAGAGAUAAAUUCGUACAAGCAACGUCUGGAAAGAGGGGACGCCGAUCUGGUACAUUGCAGACGAGAAAAUCUAAGACUGGCUGAACAAAUAUCAUCUUUGGAGAAGGAGAUUAAUAUGAAUAAGAUUGCGCAUCCGGAGGAUAAUCGUAAAGAGAUUACGCCCAGAUUGGAAAAUGAAAAGGAAUUGACUUCCAUGAUAAUGGACAUGGAGACUAAGCAUGCUGCCACGGUGGCGGGCCUAGAAGACGCCUUGAAUAGUCAAGCCACGCUCGUCUCGAGACUGACUGCCGAAUGCCAAUCUCUCACACAGCGUUUGGAAGCUAACAAUCUUAAACACAAGGAAGAAAUGGCCGACCUACAAAGCAACAUAGAACAUUUGUCAAAUAAGAUACAAGGCAGUCUUGUAAGUCAUGAAGGAGGAGCUCUUAUGGAAACUAACGACGAUACUGGAGCUUUUCAUUAUGACACUGCAAUGGAUUCAAUAGCCCCCGAAGGAUCAUCAGAAAUGUAUUCGAACGCGUCAAAGGGAAACGAACAAUCGCCAAACGGUUUGUACGAUUUAUCCGGUGACCAGAGACAAGACAAUUUUGUAAUGGAAACUAUGGAUCAGCAUAUGUAUCAGCAACAAGAAGAAGCAGGUGGUAAUAAUGAAGAGUAUGCAGCGAACGAUCCAAACAUGGAUACUUAUAUGAUGGAACAAGCACAUAAUCAAUAUAGUGAUUAUCCCUCGCAGUACCAAGAGGGACAAUAUGUUAAUGGAGAACAGUUUAAUGUAAUAGCGGAGCAGAUGGACAAUAAUCAGACUGUCUCCGAUGUAGCCAGAUCCAAUACCGAAACUUUACACUAAUUAGCUUUUAUAUUAACGAUAUACGCGCAUAUAUAUAUAAUUGGAAGAACCUUUGUAUUAAUUACUUUUGGAUUCUCUAAUAAUUACUUUCCCUUUUGCAAUAUUUUUUUUUAUAUUUGCAAGUAUGUUAAAUUGAGAAAAACAAAAGAUACUAUGCAUUCAGAGCAUAUCUUUCGUAGACAUAAUAAGAAUUGAAUAUAAAGAUCUAAACAAGAUGAAGAAGAUAUAUUUAGUUUCUUUGUAUCUCUCUCUCUCUUUCUAUAAAAAGAAAGUAGUUAAAUUGUUUAAAGAAUGUCAUUGCACAGAUAACAAGUGAGAGAGAAAAAGGAACUAUGUAUAUUUUUCUCUCUUCAUCAAAGUAUUGUGAAUAUGGAAGCUGCUCAUGUCUAUAUUUUUCUUUUAUUCACUUUUAACUUUAAAGUGUGUUUAUGUAAUUACGUGGCAAAUGUGAAAGAAUAGCAUAAGAAGGAAAGUGAUAGUUAUUAAUUAAGGAAUCAGAAAGUGAUUAACAAAUGAGGAUUCUUCAUAAUAUGUUCAUGAAAAUAAAUAUGCAAAGAAUAUAG